AUGCUGUCAUCCGGAGUAGAGACUCAGCCAGUUCCACUUGGUUCCUCCAUGUCUGCUGUGGUACAGGAAUUAUACUCUGAACUCCCAGGGAGUGUCUCCAAAGAGCUUCACGGUGACUGUGAGCCAAGUGGGAUUCCAGAUGUAAAACCCGGAACCUCCAGGGCCCUUAACAGUCAGAAUAGGACAUUGCCCUUGGAACAGCAGAGGACUCAUGUGGAAAGGUGUGGCGAAGAAAAAGCGGAGACCUUGGAUGAUGGGGGUGAGCUUGGGUGGUGCGGGCUGGUGGACUCCACAGCAGGAGGCUCUGUGACUUCUGGGAUUUUGGAUAGGGAAGCAGAAACCAAGGGCAUGGAGCUAAAGGUCUUCAGAGAUCAAGGGAACCCGGAAGAAGUUGUAAGACACCCCAGUGAGGGAACAAAGGAAGACCCCAGUCAACAUUCCACAGUUGCUGAAGAAAAGAUCAGCCCAAGUCAGGAGGAGCUCUUGGUACAUUCGAGGCAAGAACUUUUAUGUGCUGACCUCCCUGAAGAUUUUCGAAGGAGCAAAGAAGGAAAUACACAGAUUACAAUGGAAACUCUGCUCCAGUCUCCUGAAAAAGUACAAGGUAUGAAGGUCAAUGAGGCCAAGAUGGAUACUAAUGAAGGACACGGGCAUGGCAAUGUGAGUAAAGAUCUCUCCACUGGGUGCAGCGAAUACCCAGAAGUAGACAGAAUCAUGGCCAGUGGUGAGGUUUCCAACACCAGCCCGUUAGUUUCCAUAGAGCCUGUAACAGUUGUGGACUCUGGAUUAACAGAAGCAACUUGUAAAGAAAAAGAAUGUGAAGAAUUAAAACCUUGUCCUUCUUCAUUGUCAUUAUUACCAGGGAACAGUGCCAUUUCCAAAGUGGACAAUGGGAAGGAGCCGUUGUAUAGAUUAAACCUUGUCUGUGAAGCAGAUGACAAUCACCAGCACGUUCUCAGCCACCAUGAUGAAACACACAGUUCUGCACGCGGCAGCCCCGUGUCCAUGAAAAGUGUAGUUGUCAUAGAACUCUUGGACAAACAUGAUAAAAUUUCAUCUUGCACAUCCAGCGGACCCGAUGUAGACUCCAGAACAACAUCUCUAGAAGAAUGUGGUCAGAAGGAUAAUGGCUUGAUGGAGGGAUCCACUGAAAAGAUAGCGACUUCUUGUUUUGAUGAUCAGAGCAAGAACUUGGCAUCCAGAGAGAAAAAUGAAGACCCGCUUUGGAACCCUAAGAAUGAAAAGGGGCUGCAGUCUUCUGUUAAUCCUGCACAAGCAGAAGAGGAUGUUAAUGGGCAUCAUUCUGACUGUUCUGGUGAUUCUGUAACAGAAAAUACUCCUAGUAACUGUUCCAUUCCAGGCAGUAUCCACAGAGUGAACUCUAGCUCAUUAAUGACCAGUUGUUUGACUGCAGGCACGGGAGUAAAAUUAAAAGAGAAUUAUUUGAAAAUCACUUCAGACAUUGAAGGAAGCUUGAUCACCCAUGAGGACCAGAGAGAAACUUCUGCUCAUGUUAGCCAUCUAGGCAGACACGAUGAACAAUGCCAUUUUUCCUCAUUGAUGCAGGGUGAAGAGCCAGAACAUGCAGCCACAGGAGAUCCCACUGUGUUAAGGGAAAAGAUUUACAAUAAAGACUCUCAAUCCAUUGUGACUAUAAUGCCAGAGAGUCUGAUGAGUCCAGCAAAUGAGAUGUCAGAACCCAGGAGUAUUACUGUUCCGGAGCUUGAAUCUACAUCUGAUUCAGAUAAAACUCAACAAACCUCAAAUAAAGAUAUUCCACAUGGAGGGGAGCAGAGCAUUGAUUGUGAGCUUAGUGAACUUUCUUCUACUGAUGCAGUGGCUGUAAACAAAGGAGAAAGUGAAUGUGUUUUAAAUCAACAAGUGUCCCUUAAUUCUCAAGACCAUGUGAAGUUGCCAGCUGACUCCCUACAAAAUAUAAACAAAGCAACCCUGGGAACAGCAAGUGAGGACUUUGAGGAGAGCCAUUUCUGUCCAUUGGAGCCUGGAGCAGACAACACUGCUGGUACCCAAAUCAUUCCCAUUAAGACUGACAUGAAAGUCAUAUCUCCAUCAGGUCGUAAAACCGGGGGCACCUCUUCCAACACUUCCACCUUAAACAUCAACCCAGGAAUCCCAGAACUUAAAAAGAGGGUGACAGGUUCUGGAACAGAAGAUCUACUACAUUCCAAGAAGAAAACAGCCACAUUUCCUCAAGAGAUCUCUGCCACAAAAUGUCGAAAUGUUCAAUCUCAGAAUAAAAGUGGCUGCCAUUGUGUAAAUAAAAAUACGUCAGAGGGCCUGCUGUCUGCCUGUACUCGUGUUGAGUCUGGCACCACCAUCCUGGAAGGAGAAAAUCCUUUGAUAAAAUGUGAAGACACAUUUCAGAAAAGUGAUCACCGCUCCCAAGGAACAAAAAACUCAGUGGAGAAUUGUGUUCAUGAAGGGAAUGAGACCCUGGAGGGAAAUGAACUUGACAGGAGAGACACUGAAGAUCACCUCCAAGGUUGGAUCAGAGAGGAAACAACAGUAGACAUGCUAAGUAAUGGGGCCCCAGAUGCAGUCACUUGUACCACCAGUCACAUCAAACACAGUGAGCAACACCUGGAAGGAAGGGGACAAGAUUCCUCCAGAGACACUGUGUUUUGUAAAGACAGUGUCUCUGAUUGUGUUCCACAGGGACUAAACCAGUCUGCAAACAUUCCAAGUCCUGAAAAACUGUUGGACCAGUCUCCUAAUCUUACAUCCUCCUAUUGUAAAAACGUGAACCAAGCAGAAGAAAGUCAGACUCAGAGAGCAGGUGAAGCCAUCAACUGCUGGAGAAAGCACAACAGACCAGAUAGGUGGAGAAAUGAAGAAAAAGCAGCUAAACAGACACAAGAUAGUGAGCAGAAGGAAAUCAUCUCAGAGUCGGACAGAGACCAGAGCUACGACCAAAAGGACUUGGUGCCUCAUUUAGGCGGUAAUCACCUGCCUUCCUGCGGGAGUCCAAAGAAAGAGGGUUUUAAAAGAUCCUUUGAGAGUCAUUUGCAUUAUAAAGACUCUGCAAGCAGCCUGGUAGACACUGUCUCCACAGACUGUGGUGAUGAGCCUGGAGAAGGAGUCCUGGACAGAAAGGCAUCUGCUGUUGACCAGGACCCUGAUUUCCCUGGUGCCUCUGCCUCGACAGUAGAAUCUCUUGUUAAGAAAAAAUCAUGUGAAGAGAAAGUGUGCAGAUCUUUAGAAAGCUGUGAAGUAGAAUUGUAUAGACACUCAUGUGCCCUUGAGGCAGAGGCCGAUGCCAGGUGUGCGCCAAAUGCCGGAACCUUGGCUCCAGGAAAUGUGUCUUUGAAUUCUGUUCAUCAUAAUCAGCAAGUUAACGGAGCAUUGCAGAGAGAACCAGCAGUGAUGGGUGAAGGACUAAGUCAAGAGUCUGAGCUCAACAAGGGAAAUGCUUUGGAAAUUUCUUCAAGAGCGUCAGUGUCUUCUAGUUGCCAAGAGGAGAACUCUGUUCACCUAAGGAGCUGCUUCUCUGAGAGAAUGCCUUCGUAUCUGUCUGCUCGAAAAAACUCAGCAGCUGAUGUUAAUAAUGCACUGGGUGGCGCAACUAAGCUAAGAAAUCGUUUCAAACCAAAAGAUGGUGAGAUACUUUGUGAAGGUGUAAAAGCUUUCACAGUUCUGCCUGAGAAAAAGGAAGACCCUCCAGGGGGGAGGAGUAGUCCUGGUGAAGGAGCCAGUGUAUGUGUAAAAAGUGACAGGCCAAGAGUUUGUUACUCUGAUGACAGACAUCUGCCUGUGACACUGGAAGAAACUGAAGUGAAAAGUAAUGAAAUCCGAGAACACCAGGGGGAACCACUGGAUCACUUAACUUGCGGGGGGGAGUCCGAAGACGGGAUGCCUAGAGAAGAUGGUAGUGAUGAUACGAGCAAGAUUUCUCACACCCACUUUAUAGGUGACAGGAUGGUUGGUUUUGCUGAGAAACAGCACAACCAGGCUUUGGAUAACCUGUUGCAGAAGGAAGAGAGACAUAAAAAACAAAAAAGAGCACAUGCUGUGUUGGAACAGUGCACAUCGCUUGAUAGCUUGUCUGAUGAGGUACUAAAAAAGAACCCCCCUAAAGAAGAAGAACAUAAGCCCACUGUAAUGAAGGAAACCCCCCUUGCCAAGCUGACCAGGGGCGAUACUACUGCAGAGUCUCAAAAGCUGAAAGACGGAAAGGUAGAAAGCGGCCAUCAUCCACUGAAGAAGGACCUGGAAUUGUCCCCAGGGCCCAGGCUUCCUGGCGCCCCUCAGAAAGCACAAGAUCCCCACUCUGCCAGGUGUGAUGAGCUACGUGGUGCCUUUGGGAACACUUCACAUCGGAAACAAGUGCUUCCCUUAAAGAAGCAACCACCUCGAACAUGUAAAAGGACUUCCUAUCAGGAUCUAGCAAAGGUGGGCAGAAAACUGGGGAAAAUCCGAAACACCACCCUUUUAAAGAGUUCCAGAGAAUCCAUUCCCACAAAAGAGCCCAGACUUCUCCAUUCAUCUUCUCUGCCUCCCCCUGCCCAAGUGGCUUCCGAGCCCAUUGUGCCCGGGAGCUUAACUCACCAUAUACCAAAGCAGUGGGCUGCUCCGUGCCAUCUCUUGAGAAAGCUUACCAAAGAAUCAGCCUUACUGAGCAAGCUGUCCGUCCUCGCACGGAAGCUGGCCCCAGAUCCUAAGACCCAGAAAUUGAGAUAUUGGCGCUGCUCCUCUGAACUCCUUCCAGUGGCUAAAAGUUAUAAGAGGCUCCGCUAUAGAAGGUUCCUGGAUGGCUUCUCCUCGAAUACGAUGCAGCUGGAUCCCUGUUUGGCAGCUAGCAGGUGGAACAAGACACCUGGCAGCAAACCUGUGGCACUUUACCCUCUGGAAGCCAUCAAGCUGAACUUGGUAGAUUUGAGCCACAAGAUGCCAUCCCUGCUGUUGGGCUCUGAGAUUCUCCCCAUGUCCUUGGACGUGAACUCAGGUUUGGACUGCAUGGCCGAGGCCUCAGUGACCUUCCCCGAGCACUGUGCCCCAGAAGGGCUUGCCUUAGGAGAGGCCCCCAGGUGCUCAGCGCAGCCUCCCAAGUGGACUUUCUCUUUCUUCUUCUCACACGGCAGUUCUGGGACGGCCACAUUCAGGGAAGACACCCACCUGCAGAGUUGGGCCUGCGGCCAGGCUCCCUCAGUUCCCCUCACUCCCCUCCACAGCUCUGGCAGUACCGCCCUAGUGCAGAGCAGAGCUGGUGUCUCUGUCCUCGGCCUUCACACGCUGCUAGCACUUUGUUCCCCUGGCUGUUACCGGAUCUGGACCAAAAAACGAAACUUCUCCAACCACAUGGCCACCAUGCAGAGGCUCUUCGUGACCCAGUUCAAACAGGGCUUGAAAGGCUUACGGUCUCCGGCCUCCAUCGCAGAUAAAGUCUUCUGCUCUCUGCCCUACUCACUGGGCAGGGUUCUCUCCAUUUGGAGCCAGCAUGGGCCCUCUGCCUGCCCCCUCGAAAUCUCUGCUUUGCAUUCAAACCACAGCAAGUGGCAGCCAAGCCUGCAGACGAGCCUGUCACACACUGCUUUGAACCAUGUGCCACUUCCAGGUACAGAAUUUGCAAGGAGUACUCGAGGCUGUCAGAGAAGGCUAGAGCCUCCAUUCUCUGCCUUGGUACCAAAGUCUUGCUUGAUAACAGAAACCCCUGUUGGCAAGUUCCUGCUUUCAGCCUCCGAAUUCCAGGUUCCUGUUUUUGAUGAGCUGGAUGGGGUGACAGCAGUGUGCCCUCGACCACAGAGCAGCUCUUCAGAACAAAAAGAGGCAGAGCCAGAGAAGAGGCCAAAGAAAGUGUCACAGAUUCGCAUCCGGAAAACUAUUCCUAAGCCAGACCCUAACCUUACCCCCAUGGGCCUCCCUCGACCUAAAAGAUUAAAGAAAAAAGAGUUUAGUUUAGAAGAAAUAUAUACCAACAAGAAUUAUAAGUCCCCUCCGGCUAACAGGUGUCUAGAAACCAUCUUUGAGGAACCUAAGGAACGCAAUGGCACUCUGAUCUCAAUCAGUCAGCAGAAGAGGAAGCGAGUUCUGGAAUUUCAGGAUUUCACGGUCCCUCGGAAAAGGAGGGUUCGUGGGAAAGUCAAGGUGGCAGGCAGCUUUACCAGGGCCCAGAAGGCAGCCCUGCAGAGUCGAGAGCUGGAUGCCCUUUUGAUACAGAAGCUAAUGGAACUGGAGACCUUCUUUGCCAAGGAAGAGGAACAGGAGCAAUCAUCAGGCUGUUGA